UGUGUCUCAGAGCUCAGUGUUAAAUAAAGUUUAAAUACAGUUUAAAUAAAGUUUAAUAAAGGUUCUGAAGAUGUCUGCGGGUCUGGAUCGGACUCCUCGCUCUCUGCUGGUCUGGGACCGGUCCAGUUUCCUGCACGAGAAGAACCGGUUGAGUUCUCAGGUGGAACAACGUCACUUCAACUACAAGGUGUCUGUGCUGCUGCCCGAUUGUAGCUCCGCCCCUGAUCACCUGGACGCUGUAUUAAACAGUUUCAGCAGUUUCUAUCUGAUCAGGAAGCUGCCGAUAUAUGAACUGCUGGAUAAACAUUUCCUGGAGACCGCCGUGUACCAGGUAGUAACGGUGGAUCUGACUGACAGCAGCAUGGCUCCUGGUGGGCGGGGCUACCAGAGACUCCUCACCGGUCUGAGGUCACGACUUCAACUGAAGACCGACCUUCUGCUGUCACAUCAUCCAGGGGGCGGAGACGCUCUGCAGGCGCUCCUGUCUCGUUACAAUUGGUCGGAGCACAGACCAGAGGUCUGCAGUCGCACCCUGACGGACCUGCCCUGCCCUGCCCUGCUGACCUCAGACCUCCUGACUUCUGACCCUCACAGCUUCCUGGAAUGGAUUGGAGCCGUGGACGCCGGUGUCAGCUGUGACAACUCGUCCAGCAGCUUCCUGUCCUCGCUAGUGUGUCCUGAGCCAAAGACCAUGUUGAGUCAAGCUCUGAUCGUCUCCAUCUGUGGACUGCUGCUCCCCCAGGACCUCCACCGGCUGAUUCACCAGACCAGGUGUUACCUGGAGCAGCCUCGGCUGGAGUCCUGGGUGUCCCUGACGGUUCAUGGUUUUGCUGACAGUCCGGUGUCGUGGGGGGGCAGUGAACACGGAGUUCUGAGAGGAGGAGAGAACUUCUACAGUCUGCUGAUGUUCCACGACCAAUCGUACCACCUCCACCUGGCUGCAGGAGCACAUGACACAUGUCCACCAUGAUGUCAUCAGCUGAGGUCUUUAAUCUGGAUCAGGUUUUGUUGUAGAAACCGUUGCUAUUUGUGUACCUGCUGCCUCGUGGUGGCCCUCAGGUUGUUUUAAUAAACUGAUCCCAUUUUCAUCCCUGAUCAGAAACUGACGGAUGUUUUAUUUGUUCAUUAGUUAUUUUUAUGAAAAUGUAAAUAUUGUUUUUCUGCAGUUUCAUUUUAUUUAAUUUUUUUUCUUUCAUAAUAAAAACACAUUUUGAACCA